UUCGUGUACCAUCGAUCACGAAUAGUCUUCGAGUUUCGCGCGGAGCGUACCACGUGCUCGAAACGAAUUUUACUCCCAUUGUGUUUUAUAUGGAAAUGAUCGCGUGGAGACCAAUAGUGUUCGCUCGUGUGCCACUCUUUUCGAAUACAUCAAGGAAUCUGAUAUUUAAAUUAAGUCGACAUUUGAUCCAUAAUUUAUAGCGGACUCGGGAUUGCACACCGCGAAGUAAACCGUAUCAAAGAAACACAUUAGUUCACCGCCAUAGUGAUUUUAUUUCGUUACGAUGAAUGUGUUUAUCUCACCUAAGACGUUCAUUUUUCAAGUCGCUGGAUCACGAUGCUUUUCGCGAGUAGGAUUCAUCGGUUUGGGUAACAUGGGUGGGCACAUGGCGAGGAACCUGUUGAAGAAGGGCCACAUGUUGGUUACCUUCGACAUCGAUCAAUCAGCAAUGUCGAAUUUGAAGGCAGCAGGCGCUGACGUUGCUUCGAGUCCCGCCGACGUAGCGAAAGACGUCGAAGUCGUUGUGUCGAUGCUGCCGUCCAAUCAACACGUUCUGGACAUCUAUAGUGGCAAUAAUGGCGUAUUAAGGUCUGCCAAGAGGGAUACUCUUUUAAUCGACAGCAGCACGGUGGAUCCGUUUGUGUCUCAGACGAUAGCAAAUGACGCUGAAAAGUCUGGACUCAGGUUUAUGGACUGUCCAGUGUCAGGAGGCGUGAACGCUGCCAAAGAUGGCACCCUAACGUUCAUGGCGGGAGGAUCAAAGAAGGACUUGGAGCUCGCAGGGCCUCUUCUAAAAUCAAUGGGAUCUAGGGUGGUACAUUGCGGGGCCGUGGGAAUGGGUCAAGCAGCGAAAUUAUGCAACAACAUGCUUUUGGCUGUCAGCAUGAUCGGUACAGCGGAAGCGUUCAACCUUGGACAAAAACUGGGUUUAGACGUCACGGUGUUGGCUGACAUCAUAAACUCGAGCAGUGGUAGAUGCUGGUCUUCUGAAUUGUACAAUCCAGUUCCAGGGGUUCUCGAUAAUGUUCCUAGCUCCAAAAAUUAUGAGGGUGGUUUCGGUGCUGCUUUAAUGGCCAAAGACUUGGGACUGGCACAAUCCGCAGCCACCAAAGUGGAAGCCACCAUCCCUAUGGGUUCCCUGGCGCAUCAAAUCUUCAGGGCGAUUAUCGCUCAUGGAUUUUCUAAAAAGGACUUCAGUGUCGUCUACAAAUUUUUACAAGGGGAAAAGUAAUUUUAUUGGUGUGCCCUUUAAUAUUGAAUCUUUUACAUGACCCUCACUGCCAUGAAGUUGUGCAAUCUCUAUUCUAAUACAACACGUUUCCUAUUGAAUAGUUA